CGAGAGAGGUUUUUGGUCGGAAAGAGGCUAUUUGCAUCGGAGGUGUUAUUCACCAACAUGGAUAAGCAAAUCCGCUUGCUUGUCGUCGGAUGUAGUACAUGAUGGACUCGAACUCAUUGCAAGUGCCUUGUACGUUCUUCUGUCCAGGAUAACUGUUCGCCUUGUCCUUGUCCGAGGAUGAAAUUCGGUCAAUUGAUGAGAGAUGAGCAAAAGUCUUGCCUUGUUGGCCCUCGGAUCGAGCUGCAAGAUUACUUCAUCAACUACAAGCGUCUCAAGAAGUUGUUGAGGAACCUUGGUGCUCCGGGUUUCACAGAAAUAGAGGUGAAAGAACAGGAGAGAAUAUUUAUGACGAACUUGGAGAGUGAGAUCGCCCGGGUGGAAGAGUUCUUUGCAGCGAAGGAAUCACAAUAUUUCGACUCGUACAGUCACAAGUUGUGCCCUCGUGUGUUUGGGUCAACAAGUGGUAUCCAUGCUGGUGACACCGCAGACGGUGAUGCCGCCGCGGCCGAAGAUGGCCAGGAGGACAACAAAGAGCUGAUCAAAGCAUUGAACUGCUCGGCCGACAAGCUGCGUUACCUGGAGAGAUUCGCGUCCUUCAACCUGAUGGCUGUCGUCAAGAUAGUGAAGAAGCACGACAAGCACUCAUCCACUCCGAUCAGCGCCAAAGUUAUUUCUUCUCUGAGUGAAAGGAGAUUUGUGAACUCUCUUCUCCUUCCUGUCGUUUCUCAAGGGGUCCAGGCUCUUUCAGCGCAUGUGACUAGAAAUGCUCGCCGCAUUGCAGACAUAACGGGCGCUGCUGGUCAGCUCCGAUCGAGGCUGCGCGAGUACGCAGCGGCAAGGGAUGAGACCUUGAGCUCCCACAGCCUGUUCCUACCGAAUGCCACAUCCUCGCCAGUCGAGCAGCUCGAGAGACCCUCAAGCUCCUUCGAGGAGGGCGUGGCCGCCCUGACGGAAGCGAACCUGGCUGUGCACAACUCUGUGUUGGCUGCAAAGGCGUAUCCCAACUUGGACACUCACGACCUCUUGCAAGAAGUCGAGGAGGCCUCUUCUUCCGACUUUGGGGAAGACGAGAACAACGACGGAGGAGAUGAUUCGAACGGAACCCCAGCAAGGGGAAGGAGUUCUUCGACAAGGAGUCCCAACGCUAAACCCCUGUCGGUGAAGCCGAAGAUCGCCAAGGCUGGCCGACGUCCUCCCAUCUCUCGUCUCGCUGCUGUUGAGGUGGGCAUGGAGUUGGGUAGGAGGUUGAGGAGCUGA